AUGGCCGAUGCUCUCCACUUCUACCCUCGCACAGAUGCUCCAGACGAGGAUCUUCAGCCUUUAUACCUGGAUCUGCUCGAGUUCAAUGCCAUUGCGAAACGCUUGCUGCAAAGUGGCAGAGAGGAUGCCAUAUAUGAUUUCGUUCACUUUGUGCUGGCAGGAAGAGUCAAGCGGGAUGGUGAAGAAUGUCGAGUUUUCUUAAACCCUCGCCUUUCUGCUCUUAUUCCUGAACUGGCGGAAAUGGGUGAAGUAGCCAUGGAGGACACAUGUCAGCUCACGCGAGACUACGAUUCAGUUAUCGGCAUAUCGAGAACCCUUCCCUACGAUCGUCCCUUGGCAGUUUAUCCUCUGCCUCCGUUCAAGGACGCUCUAACGAGCGACAAUCACAUGAAGUAUUCAAUCACACGGCAUGAUAUGACUCACAAGGUCCUGCUGAAUCGCAUUCCCAACAUGGCCUUCGCGAAGGUCGACAUUCGUGCCAAAUGCAACAUCUUCUUUCCCGCACUUUACGUCGAAGACCGUUCCACGUCACCCACCCUCACUCAAGCACAGCUCACCCACUUCUACGAAGACAUCCUUCGACCAGUGAUAGAGGAGAUUGAUCUGACUGCAAUUUCUCAUUGGCCUGUCAAUUACAAGGCAGCCUUCACCCUCAGCCAGGAUGUCCAGGGACAACUACACUUCUCUUCCACUGAUGUGCCUGUCCACCUUCUCGACAACCUCAGAGAUAACCUCCUCCGGCGUCUUGAUGAAGACCGCAAUUUCACCAGCACAUUCUUUCUCCACAAACUGCGUGGCACAAAAGGGGCAUUUUCCCACAAUCUAUAUGAUGACACAGACUGUCAACUGAGCCUCGAUCAAACCCUCGACUACCUUCGGGCUGAGCAGACCAACAGCAGCCAGUGGUGGAUCGACGUGGUGCUUGAAAUACAGCAGAAGAAUCAUGUCGUGACGUGGUUGUCCGCAGCACAUGAAGAGCUUACUCAAUUUGCUCUCCCAUCCACACCCCACGACGCUAUCAGAAAGUUGAUGAAGAGCGACUACCACAUUGUUGACCGUGUCGCACAGCUCGAUGACUGUGCAGGUGCUCGCAUCUACACAGGAAGUAGAGGCAAGCAGGAUGGAGUCCACUAUAUUCAGUUCUACACGACGGAAAAGAAUGCCCACUAUCAGCACCACCGUGCAUGCGCGGGAAGGGAGGAAGAAGAUCCACAGGAAGGCUGUGCUCGAUUCGAAGUGCGGGUGUCUUUAAGAAACGCAUUGACAGCACUCAGAGACAUCAGCUCUGACUUGGUCAGCACAAGCUGCAUCAGCAUCCCUGCAAGUGUGUGGUGGUCAUUCAAGGCGUGGUGCAUGGCUGCUCUCAAAUAUGUUUUUGAGGGAUUCCAAAAUGAUCUCGGAGCUGCUCGCAUCUGGAGGCCAAGCCUGACACUAGGAGUCGUGGCAAUCUACAUGUCCAAUGCUCUUAGGUUUCGACCGAGCAGUAACCACGUGCAGGUGCCAAUGGUAGUGGCUGCCUGCUUCCACACUCCUUCCGAAGAUCGUCCACAACCGACGUCUGACGAUGAAAGCUCUUCAGAGGAUGGUCAGCCAAGGACACCGAUAAUGUACGAUCAGGGGAUAUACUUCCUUGCCGACAUCGUUGAAGACAAUGGCAUCUACCGUCUGAGGAACAAGCGCUCCCCUGAUGCUCUGCAGCUUGCCCACGCAUACCGAACUCCGACGUUUGUGGAUCUACAGAUUCUCUUCACCGGUCAGAGCGUGUGA